AAGAAACCCAGCCACUCUGUUCCUGUCCAGCAUUUGCUGCCCAUUAGUGAAGGCAACUGCUGAGAGCAAAAGACUAAAGAGACGUCUUUUUCCCCCUUUUUCCUUCCCAAGGACAUUUUCUCUCCCAAAACAAUUACAAACAACAUGACCUCCAAUUCCAAUUUAUCCAACAUGCGACGGCUGGUAGAACAACUGAAGCUUGAGGCCAGUGUGGAAAGAAUCAAGGUGUCCCAGGCAGCUGCAGAGCUCCAGCAGUAUUGUCUGCAGAACGCAGGAAAAGACGCCUUGCUGGUUGGAGUCCCCACAGGCAGCAACCCUUUCAGAGAACCACGCUCUUGUGCCAUAGUGUGAAGUGGAAGACAAAGUGGAUACAAGUGGCAUCCCACUCAAUGAAGAUAUUAAUUUUUUUUAUAGUUUUUUUUUAUAGUGUAAUAGAUUUAAAUUUCAUGUUUUUCUAAAAAUAUUUUUACACAGUUUUGUAAAUCAUCUUUUUUUUUUUUUUUUGCCAAACACAUUAAAGCAUAUCACGUGAACGUGCAGUCUUUUCAGUUUUUCUUUUAAAUUGCUUUUACAAAGGUAGCCCUGUGAAAACGCCAUUUCUGCACCAAACAGUCAUACAGUGAUUAUCUGUAAAGUUUUCAAAGCGGAUGUUUGUUGCUGAGCUCUAAAUUAUGCCUUGGAAUCUCGUGGCGUCUGCGCUUCCUGAUGUUCAGUCUAAGUCAGGAACACAGCCAGAGAGAGGAAACUGGGUCUUCCUGUUCAAAACUGCAAAGACAAAAUGCCACUUUUCACUUAUCCUUUGAGCUUUUUAAAACUUUUGGAUGUUCCAGCUCAAGAGAAUGCUUAGAUAAAAUAAAAUAAAUGAACUCUGUGCAGAAGGUGCUUUACAAACUAUAUAAAAACCAUGUUGUUCAUUGUAUUUGUGUGCGACAGUUUACAUAAGUCGUUUUCUGUUUAGUCAGUUUAUUUGUAUAUUUUAUUUUAAAACAGAACUUCUAUUUUUUUUGAUAUGUCUAAAUUGUUUAAGAAACUGUUUAAUCCUCCUAAAACAAGCCUAGCCAGUCAUGAGACAGCUCUGCUUUAUCACUUCCUUUUCCUGUCACUGCAUGGGCGAGUCUCAAUAGCUCUCCUGUCAUGAUGCCUCCUUUGCUAGCAACCUUUGCUCUGCAAACAAGGCUUUAGCGGUUUCUGCAGAUGCUGUAAAUAAACUCCUAGUUCUCA